ACUCUUACCAGACUUAUCCAGCAUCCCUCAGCGAGUGAGACUAUUAACUAUGAUGUUAAGGCUUUUGGAUCCUCUCUGCCUGUUAAGGUUAUGGAAGCCCUGAAGAAAGCUGAUGCUGAUGACCAGCUGAGUGUUCAAGUGGAUGAAAGUGGAUGGGCGUGGCUAGUCCAUAAAGAGAGGCUGAUUAUUUGGAGGAUUGGUCAGUCUCCAGUAGCUAAGUUAUCUCUGUGCAAGGAACUGCAGCUGCCACCCAGCAACUUCCAGUGGAGUUCUCAUUUAGCAGCUAUAACUUGUCUCAGUUCUACACGUGACGUGCCUUCUCUGCAGUCUCUGGCAGUAAUGGUUGCUACCAGCGAAGGUUCUGUGCGCUACUGGCCCAAUCUCGCCCACGAGGGUUCCUAUAUGGAGACUUUUACAGACUUUGGAGACUCUCUGUGCAGUUUCCUAACAGCAGUAAAGGGAGGAAGCUUUAUUUUAUCAUCUUCCAGAGGACAGCUGGUUCGACUGAUACCAGAUAGGUCUGGCAAGAUUCAUCAGCAUGCCUUGCCACAGGGUCAGGGCAUGUUUUCUGGAAUUGGUAGAAAGAUUUCGUCUCUCCUGGGUAUAUUGUCUCCUGGACUCGACGCUGUGAUUUCUAGUGUUCUUUGGGAUAAAGAGAGGUCAAGCUUUUAUAUGCUAACAAGUUCAAAGCUCAACAAAUGGGAGAUUGAUGAUUCAUCAGAAUGUUGUAUUCUCAGCUGGGAUAUCAACAGGAUCCUGAAGGAACGUAUUGCAGAUGCAAUUUGGGGUUCUGAAAGUAACUAUGAAGAUAUUAAAGGAGGAGUAAAUAUACGGUACAUGGAUUUGCAACAGAAUCGUGAUGGACUGGUGAUACUUGCUGCAGCGUGGCAUCCUGGAGAUAGUCCAUGUCUUGUCUACUACACUCUGAUAACAGUACAAGAUAAAGGCUACCAGAUUUCUGAUGACGUUGUUGUGGAGGUCACACAGUAUAAUCCAUCUUUUCAGUCAGAAGAGGAAGUGUUGUGCUGCCUUGUAGUCCCAGAUUACUUCAGCCAUGCUGCUUACCUCUAUAAGGAAGAUGAAGUGUUUGCUUGUUCCACUGGAACUGGAAGAAUUUCCUUGCCACAGGAGAAAAUCAUAUUUGGCAUACAAGGAGAUAGCAUUUUAGGAGCAGGUUCCUGUACUAGCCUCCCCAUCUUCUUUACCAAAAAAAGUGGACUUAUCACCAUCUUAUCCAGUGAAAACAUUUCUGUGCUUCCCGAAGACCUUGAAGAUUCCCGGUCCUCUUCUCUUGCUGGACCAAGAAGUGAGAGUCCUGCGUUUGAGGCUACCAGUAGGCUAGAAAUUGUAGCUCAAGAAGAUAAGACUAAACUACUGAAAGCUGCUUUUCUACAGUACUGCAGGAAAGGUAUAGAGGGUGCUCAAAGCAUGGUAGUUGAGCUCUUUCCAAGCAGUGCAGAUCUGAAUUCUGACAGUGAACUGGAUAGGGCAGUGACUCAGAUCAGCGUGGACUUAAUUGAUGAUUACCCUGCCUCUGAUCCAAGAUGGGCUGAAUCUGUACCUGAAG